GCACCUGCGCUCCUGCAGGAGGAGCCUCAUUCUGACCAAAUAAGGACAUAAUAGCCUCGCGGGGCUGACGUGGACGCGCGUUUUGCGCUGAAUCCUAAAUCGAAGAGGGGGAACACGCAGCUAAUCUGGUUACAUAAGAACCCAGUGAGUUUGCGCUAAUCCGCGCAUUCCAACUGUCCCGGCAGCCUUUGCACAGGACGAGCACGCACGCGUGCGCACUUGUGGCUGCCGUUUGGAGCGGGAUCCACAAACGCGCGCGUGUCUGCAGCAGCGAGACAGAGAACCGCCUUGCAGUGACGAUUCCAGUGACACGCCACCCAGGAGGGAGACGGAGCCGACCGGACGCGCACUCCCUUCUUUCUCCCCUCCCUGCAGCUGCGCGCGCGCGCGUCUAUUUAACGAUUUCAGCCGUCGGCGCUGUGCAGACUCCCGCAGUGAUGGAGGUUCCAGGCUUGGCGCACAACCUGACCAGCCCGCUGAGUCCGUGCGAGGGGAUGAUCAAGGACCUGAGCUUGGACGCCAUACAGUUGCGAGAUGGAAACAAAUCCCAGGACGGCAGCAUCUCAGAAAUGGAGGAGCUUCCUGUUCCUCAGAGCAUCAAGAUCAGCAACAUCACCUGCGACUCCUUCAAGAUCUGCUGGGACAUGGAGGCGCGCAGCAAGGAGCGCAUCACGCACUACUUCAUCGACCUGAACAAGAAGGAGAACAAGAACUCCAACAAGUUCAAGCACAAGGACGUUCCAACCAAGCUGGUUGCCAAGGCGGUGCCCCUGCCCAUGACGGUGCGGGGCCACUGGUUCCUGAGCCCCCGCACGGAGUACACCGUAGCCGUCCAGACCGCAUCCAAACAGGCUGACGGGGACUACACCGUCUCCGAGUGGAGCGAGAUUGUCGAGUUCUGCACAGCCGAUUAUUCCAUGGUUCAUCUAAAUCAGCUCCUGGAAAAGGCCGAGGUGAUCGCCGGACGGAUGCUGCCUUUCUCCGUCUUCUACAGAAACCAGAAUAAAGAGUACUUUGACCACGCCAGAGAUAUGCAAGACAACCGGAUGCUGCCGUCGGUAAAAGACAACAGCGGCAGCCAUGGCUCCCCCAUCAGUGGCAAGUUAGAGGGCAUCUUCUUCAGCUGCAACACAGAGUUCAACACCGGCAAACCUCCGCAGGACUCCCCGUACGGCCGCCUUCGCUUCGAGGUCCAGGCCGACGCGCUCUUCAACCCCGACACCAACCUGUACUUUGGAGACUUCUACUGCAUGUACACGGCCUACCACUACGUCAUCCUGGUCUUGGCGCCGAAGGGCUCCCCGGGGGACGACUUCUGCAAGCAGAGGCUUCCCGCGCUCGACAUCACCGACAACCGCUUCCUGACCUGCAAGCAGGACGACGCGGCCGGUCUGCUGUUCCACCACGCUCAGGACGUCAUCCUGGAGGUGAUCUACACAGACCCCGUGAAUCUGGCGUCGGGAUCGGUGGCGGAGAUCAGCGGCCAUCAGCUGAUGAGUCUGUCCACGGUCAACGCAAAGAAGGACCCCAGCUGCAAGGCCUGCAACAUCAGUGUGGGACGCUAAAAAAUGAGCAGAAUGUAACAGGGAGGGGAGGACAACGCUGGACUGACCUCUGGAGGAACCAGUCCCGAGGAAGCAGACCAACAUGCAUGAAGCAGCAGAUUUAUUCCCAGACACAAACAUAUCUGACGAUAGAUUCUGUUAAACCAAGAGACCAUCACUUGCAUCAACUAAAAGAGGGUUGCAUCACAUUAUAAAUGUAAAAAAUCCCCAUUUUACAAGUCAAUCUGGUACGCAUACUCACCCCUUUACUAACAAAUAUUAGCUGAUUUUUUUCAACUUCCUGUUUGUUUAAACUUCUAACUCCCAUGUUUAUUGAUUAUUUUUGCUUUGGUGUUAUGCUGUUGAAUAAGCGUCGUUUGUUUUGCUCACAUUCCACAAAAUUCCUUUACCGCCAUCUAGUGGUACGGAGUGGUACUCCAACAUUCUAGGGCUGCAGUAUUGAUAGUCAUUUUUCUUUAAACCAAAGGUAUAUUUAAAAAAACAAAAACUGUGUAGUCUUUGAUGACCAAUUGUGAACAAAAAAAAGAAAGAAAGAAAGAAAGCAUGAUGCAGUUCUGCACAUUUCUCAUGAGCAUGAGAAAGCUGUCAGUACCUUUAACAUAGUAACAUUCUGUGCAAGUUAUUUUAACAAAGAACCAUAAACUGUGUUUGGCAGAAUAAAUGUGAAAAAAUAUUUAUUUUUUUGAUACAUUCAUAUAUAUACACAUACAAAUGUAUAGAAAACUAUAUAAACCAGAAGUGCACAAUGUGACAAGCUCUGAUCAUUGACAACAAGGGCAGUUAGAAUUCCAUCCAAGACAAAAAAAUAUAUAUAUUUAGAGAUAUAUAACUUGCACUAAGUUCACUGCAUAUGAUCCACGGUGAACAUUUAAAUUCACAAUUCAGACCAGGAAUGCAUAUCAUAGCACAAAGUUGGCUCGACCUGCACAAACACUGCAGCAGCAUUUCAGCUUAUAGCAACUUUUCACAGGACGGAGCUUUCAAGCGGUGCAGUCUCCUCAAAAACACAUUGAGUGCCAUAAUCUCCAAAAAAUAACGGUGUCACACACAUGCAACUUUUCCUCCCGACAUUGAUGAGCAGCUUUACUCCCACGUUUCCAUCAGUUUUCUUCACAGAACCUCGUGGUUCAGACGCGCUACCCAAAGGUCCCACUGUGAGUUCACUCAGCCGGUUCUGGUUGAGGUUUGUUUUUUACUGAGCAGGGCCUCCAGUAGGCGGAGCUUUGCUUUGAGGUUCUUGUAUUGGCAGUAUUCUUCUGCUAUUGGUCCACGGUCCUCCUUCUGACAAGCCCUGUGGCGGAUACGAGGAGAUGCAAGUUAAAGGCAAACACUGUUUUUCAGAACAACCUGCAGCAGCUUCCAUCACUGGUUGAUAGUCCCUAUGUUGCCUUACUCAGAUAGCUUUGUACAGUGUGUAUUGUAAUCAAAAACUUACUGUAUUUACCUUGAAGGUUUGACAUGUCAAGUACAAAGGGUGUGUGCAGGUUAGACAGAGCGGACAUCUAUCUUUGUCUCCUUCCUGAACUCUUUAACUGUGCGUUUCACCGUCGUACCAUUGACUUUCUUUUUGUGGAUGUUUCUUUUUCUUUCUUUGGUUUUCACAAGGCAUUGUUGAAAAACCAAACGUUCCGAGUUUAUUAAAAGAAAAAAAAUAAAAUUCAAAUGCCAAGUACCAUGACAGUGA